AUUGUUCAUCUUUUGAGACGUAGACGAAAAGUUAUCCGACGACGGAAAAAAGUGGCGCGAAUAUGAGUGACUCCGCGGCAAUCCGUGUGACCCUCAACCCUGAUCGUUCUUUGUUGAACGCAGACUUUGAGACGUACAAACUAUCUUUAGACCCUCUUCCGAAGUAUGAAAUAGAAUUACGGAAUGAGUCCAAGGUCCAGCGGUCAAAGGUUGCAGAAAACGAUGAUUUCACUUUGCAGUUUGUUUCGCUGCAACGCUUGCACAAUCAUCUCGUGAGCGAUCCGUGGGUUGGAAAUUCUGUCGUUUAUUUCGUCGAUGCUAGCUUUCGGGUGAACUGCUGCUCUGAGACUGACAUGAGGAAAAGCUGCGAGAGCGAUGUAUUGAAGUGUCGAGCUCAAUUACCGAAACCGCAUCAAAUAGAGAAGCUACGAUACCAUCCAACGAUCGCGUUUCCUUCUCCAGAAUUCGCUUUAGUUGCCUGCGGGACCACAUAUCUCUGGCUUUUCAACACAGGAAAAAGGACUGUCGAUAAUUCAGAAUCCGGGCAAUGGGAGCUUCUGGAAGAAUUUGACUACGCCGAUAUCGUGAACGAUGGAUUUAUGUUGAAAGAUGCGACUUACUCUAAAGUGAUGGAAAAAGAAUUCGUGUCUUGCUUGCUAGUGCACGUUGAUUUGAACGCUAAAAAAGAGUUGUUGGCCAUUCCUGAAUUUGAUUCAAGUGCUUUUGUAACAUUAAUCGACUGGAUUGUUGUUGCACGGAAUUCUCCGGAAGGGGCGUGGGAAGAAAUCAGUCGUCGUCGUUUGGGUGGGAAGCACGCUUUGCUACUAGCGGCAUUGGAAACGUUCGAUGAAUCGAGUGACGCCCUCAUCCUCGCAAGUGAAGGGGCAGAAUUCAGAAUGUUAUUCGACACUGCCACUGGGGUUAUUCCUGUCGAUAAAUCAAAUGAAAACGGAGCUGUCGAAGAGCCAGAGCCUCUCUAUGAAUGGAACCAAAAUGCCGACACUGUCACAGUGACCAUGAAAUUGCCUGAUGUGGUGUCAAAGUCUGAAGUUAAUGCUGACGGGGAUGGCAUGUGGAGAGAGCUAAUAAAAAAAUGCAAGAGGGGUAAAGAAACUGUUGAUCCUGAGGUAGCUGCUGCUGUACACGAAAGACUCGCUCAUCUCACGUCAGAAACUCUGGUAUCUGAAGCUGAGCCGGGAUCUGGCAUAGGACUUAACCAAAUGGAGGAGUGCGACGAUUUGCCUUUAGAAACAUCUACGCUCGCGCGAUUUGUUUGCGAAAAGGAUGGGGGAUGCCAUAUCUCACAUAAGGCUUCAUUGAGCUCGCAUCAGUGGAUCUUCUCGACGAAACUUACCCCGGAAAGCCUUCCAGUAGUCUGCCUCCGUCACGAUGUUGAUGCUAUUGUCUGGGAAUUCAAGGAAAAUGAGCCGGACUGUUGGAACGCGUCUCAUAUUGGUACCUUCGAUGCCUUUGGUUACGUUUUUGCCUCCAAGGAGAACCGCAAGUACACUGUUUGCCCCCCUGACAUGUCUUACGUUGCCAUUUGCGAUUCUGCAACGCAUUGUUACAUCUACCGUAAGGUGAAUUCUUAUUCGGAGUUGAAAAAUCGCAAAAGCGGUAAGCAUCUGCCAACGGUUGCAAAGCAGUUCGUAUUAACAUUGAAGCACGAAGAAGUUCUUGGAGCAGUUGCAGCUGUGGAGGGAUUGUUUGUUAUGACGGAUUCCGCGUUGAAUUAUGUGGCCCUCACUGGCUGUUGAAACGUUCGUUUCUAAUGCCACUCUGAAAGUUUGUUGAACUACGUUCCUAAAUUGAUCCUCAUGUUCACUUUUUCUGGGCGUUUUUGUCUUGAUUGUAGUGAUGCUGACAAUUUUGAGCUUCGAUACUUUCCCAA